AUGUCUCUACCUAACUAUCCCUGUAUUUCUCUUGACAUUAUUUCUCUCUAUCUCUCUUUAUUUCUCUCUAUACUUUCUUUAUUUCUCUCUAUACUCUCUUUAUUUUUCUUUAUUUCUCUCUAUCUAUCUCUCUCUAUCUAUCUCUCUCUAUCUAUCUCUCUCUAUAUCUAUCUCUCUCUAUCUUUCUCUCUAUCUCUCUCUAUCUCUCUCUCUAUCUAUCUCUCUCUCUAUCUAUUUCGCUCUCUAUCUCUAUAUAUAGAUAUAAUGGCCAAUAUCUCUCUCUGUGCUCGACGUGUUUUACAUGUCGACCAACGGACGUUCAUUGUUGAUUAUUUAUUUUUGCACCAUUUCUACCCCAACCGUCGUUUUCCUCUCUCUCUUUUGUCUGCCUCUCUCUCUUUUUCCGGUCUCUCUCUCUCUUUUUCGUGUCUCUCACUCUCUCUCCGUGUCUCUCUCUUUUUAUCUAUUUCUCUCUCUCUUCCUCUCUCCUCCUCUUUUUUCCGGUCUCUCUCUCUUUUUUCUAUCUUUCUCUCUGUCUUGUCUGACUCUUUCUCUCUUUACUCUUUCUCUCUCUCUGUACUGUCUGUCUUCCUGUCUAUCCACCUCUUCUGUCUGUCUGUCUGUCCAUCUCUUCUGUCUGUCUGUCCAUCUCUUCUGUCUGUCUGUCCAUCUCUUCUGUCUGUCUGUCUGUCCACCUCUUCUGUCUGUCUGUCUAUCCACCUCUUCUGUCUGUCUGUCUAUCCACCUCUUCUGUCUGUCUGUCUGUCCAUCUCUUCUGUUUCUGAUUGUUGUUUCAUUUUCUGUCAAUAUCUACCUAUUCCGCCAAACUUCCAUUUUUCAAAUACAUUUUACUUUUUCUUUCGUCAGUAUUUCUUUUUUCUUCAUCUCUUUCAUUUUUCUUUCUUUUUCUUUUUGGUUCUUUUUCUUGUUUCUCUUUUUUCUUCUUGCUUCUUUUUCUUUCUUUUGGCUUUUCUUUUUCUUUCUUUUGGCUAUUCUUUCUUUUCAUUCUUUUUCUUACAUUUAUUUUUCUUAUUUUCCUUUCUUCCCUUCUUUUCUUGCUUUUAUUUCUUUACAUUUUCUUUGACUUCUUUGUCUUUCUCUUUUCCUCUUUUCCUUUUCUGUUUUCCUCUUUUCCUCUCCGUAUCUUUCUUUUCCCUUUUUCUUCCCUAA